UUUUGGUACAUAUUGUUCACGGACGUUUCUGAAAACUAGAACUGAUAUAAUGUCAACAACUAGAAAAAAACGACCUUUCCGCGCUUAUUUGUAGCGAGUAGCCUACAACAUAAAGAGUUGGCUGUCACAAAGGGUUGGUCAAGCAAGCUCUGUUAUGAAUUAUUGCUGAUCAGGGUGCCUUCAAUCUGUCACUGCAACAUUUAGUUUACAGCAACAAGGAACACUUUCAAUUCUCCAGUAUUCUAUUCUCAGGUCUAAUCCAAACCACCAAACCCACCUCCCACCAGUCUGAUGUGGCAAGGAAUCGGAAUGGAUGUAUUUCCUGGACGGAGUAAAAUAUGACAUCUCGGGUUGUAUUUAUAUCCGUGUUGCUGCUGUUGUGGUGUCACUGUCGCCAUGUUUUGGGCUCCGGUGAUUCUGGGAUCGGGAUAGUUCCGUCUCCAGACGGAUCCGCCGACGGUGCUGAUCUGCUCUCUAUGGGGACCAUGGUGGACACACACUCCGCGAUGUUACGUCAGGGAAACACAGACGAGUGUGACAUUGUGAUGAACCUGAGUGCUGCUGAUCGAUGUGCGUUUGUGAAGGCCACUCCAGACUGCAGUAUGGAAGACAGCUUCAUCAACUACCUCAAGAUGGCCUUCUGUCUACUACCACCCAACCUAACACCCCUCACUAUCACACUCUGCAUUAUCUGGUUGUUAAUCUUGUUCAUAGUUCUCGGACUGACGGCGUCAAAGUUCUUCUGUCCCAACCUCUCAGCCAUCUCCUCCAGCCUUCGACUCACACACAACGUGGCUGGUGUGACGUUCCUGGCGCUAGGAAACGGAGCUCCAGAUGUCUUCAGUGCCACUGUGGCCUUCUCCCGUCCACACACCGCUGGCCUGGCUAUAGGAGCACUGUUUGGAGCGGGUAUCUUUGUAACCACGGUGGUCGCCGGGUCUGUGUCAUUGGUCAAACCCUUCACUGUAGCGUCCCGCCCCUUCCUGCGGGAUGUCAUCUUCUACAUGGCUGCAGUCUUCUGGACCUUCAUCAUCCUCUACAGAGGAACUAUAUCACUGGGAGAGACACUAGGGUACCUUGGGCUGUAUGUGGUGUAUGUGGUAACAGUCAUUGUGAGUGCCUACAUCUAUAGUCAUCAGAAACACUCAGCAACUAGAAGUUCCAUCCAGAGCUCAACACACGCACCAGCUGACACACACGUACCAGAGCUCCAGACAUCUGAGUCAGACCAGGCUCCUCUUUUAUCUAAUGGCAGCAUCCAGGAGGGCUAUGGUAACAACCACAGUCACUGUGCACAUUCCACUAAGUUAUACCUCUGGGGUGUGCUACGAGAACCAAUUCAGUCGAGUGUGUGUGUGUGUGCGUGUAUAGACAGUGAGUACCGUCCCCUGCUCCCCUACUGUGAGUCGACCAGUUCCAUCCUGCUGAAUUCUCUAAACCCGGUGGACAGCAGGACCUGGAGGAGGAAGACCUGGCGCUGGAGGACUGUGAAAAUACUGAAGAUGCCACUGGAGUUGCUGCUGCUGCUGACUGUUCCAGUGGUGGAUCCUGACAAAGAAGACAGGAACUGGAGAAGACCAUUAAACUGCCUCCACCUGAUCACUGCGCCGCUGGUUUGUGUGCUCACCUUCAGCUCCGGAGAGUACGGUUUGUAUCUGAUCGAGGGUCAGUUUCCUGUCUGGGCGUUGACGUUGCUCUUUGGCCUCUUCCUCUCCGCCAUAGUCUUCCUCACCACUUCUAAUGACCAGCCACCGGCAUACCACUUAGUGUUCUCUCUGUUGGGCUUUGUGGUAAGUGCGAUGUGGAUCAGUGCUGCAGCCUCGGAGGUGGUCAGUAUCCUGCACAUGCUCGGUGUGGUCCUUAGUCUUUCCAACAAUUUACUGGGUCUCACACUGCUGGCCUGGGGAAAUAGCAUUGGGGAUUGUUUUUCUGACAUCACCAUCGCUCGCCAGGGCUACCCACGGAUGGCAUUAUCAGCCUGCUUUGGGGGAAUCAUCUUUAACAUGCUGAUUGGAGUGGGCAUUGGCUGUCUGAUACAGAUGUUUAACAACGAGCCAGUGGUGACGUUGGAACCAGAGGGUUUGUUGACCUGGGUUCUAGCAGGUUCUCUGGGUCUCUCUCUGGUCUUCUCCUUCAUCCUAGUUCCUCUGCGUUGUUUCCACCUGGGCCGGGCCUAUGGAAUCUUCCUCCUGCUCUUCUAUGUAGUCUUCCUCCUGGUUGCGCUGCUCACAGAGUUCGGCUUUAUCCACACCUGAAGCCUGUACGAGAUGGUUUGGACCAGUCUGAUAGAGCCACCUGUGAACACUGACCAGACGGGUUCGAGACCUGAGAGACUUUCCUCUUCCUGGGAGAGAUGGAGUCACAGCCAAUCACACUGUGCCUUAACGGAGUUGGAACCAAUCAGACUGUGAUUUAACUUUUGUCUGUUUACACUGACUAUAUUUUUUAUAUUUAGAUCGCCAUUAGCUGUUACAUAAGGACCAUCUUCUCUUACUGGGGUCCACACAAAACAAUUACACACAUAUACAGAAAUAACAGUAACACACAGUUUUAAAGUAACCCAUGUACUGACAAGGGAGUAAAAAAAAUGAAAAAAAGAUGCAGUAGCACUUUAAGGGAAUUUUCUCCUUUAAAUCAAUGUGAAUGUAGUGUCUCGUAGUGAGAAAAACUGCUGUCUGGAAUGGUUGAUGUGAGUCAAUUGUAUAAAAUGUGCUCUUUUGUGGGCCUCCCGAGUGACACAGUAGUGCUACCUGUGCCACUAGAGAUUCUGGGUUCGAGUCCAGUUUCUUUCGCAGUUGGCCACAACCCGAGAGACCCAUGGGGCGGCGCACAAUUGGCAGGGAUGUCCUUGUCCCACCGCGCACCAGUGACUCCUGUGGCAGGACGGGCGCAGUGCACACGGAGAAGGUCCCCAGGUGUACAGUGUUUCCUCUGACACAUUGAUGUGGCUGGCUUCCGGGUUAAGUGGGCAUUAUUGUGUCAAGAAACAGUGCAGUUUGGUCGUGUUUCAGAGGACGCACUGUUCUCGACCUUCGCCUCUCCUGAGUCCGUACGGGAGUUACAGCGAUGAGACAAGACUAAACUACCAAUUGGGAAAAUAUCCCCCCCCCCCCCCUUCUUUAAAAAAAAAUAAAAUGCUAUUUGCAACACAUUAUCGAUCAUUUUGAUUUCCUACUGAAUUCUAAAUAAUAUGGCUUAGAAACACCUACGGUGGGGCAAAAAAAUAUUUAGUCAGCCACCAAUUGUGAAAGUUCUCCCACUUAAAAAGAUGAGAGAGGCCUGUAAUUUUCAUCAUAGGUACACUUCAACUAUGACACAAAAGGAGAAAAAAAUCCAGAAAAUCACAUUGUAGGAUUUUUUAUGAAUUUAUUUGCAAAUUAUGGUGGAAAAUAAGUAUUUGGUCACCUACAAACAAGCAAGAUUUCUGGCUCUCACAGACCUGUAACUUCUUCUUUAAGAGGUUCCUCUGUCCUCCACUCGUUACCUGUAUUAAUGGCACCUGUUUGAACUUGUUAUCAGUAUAAAAGACACCUGUCCACAACUUCAAACAGUUAAAACCUGCACCAGGCUGGGUAGACUGAAUCUGCAAUAGUAAAGCAGCUUGGUUUGAAGAAAUCAACUGUGGGAGCAAUUAUUAGGAAAUGGAAGACAUAAGACCACUGAUAAUCUCCCUCGAUCUGGGGCUGCACGCAAGAUCUCACCCCGUGGGGUCAAAAUGAUCACAAGACCGGUGAGCAAAAAUCCCAGAACCACACGGAGGGACCUAGUGAAUGACCUGCAGAGAGCUGGGACCAAAGUAACAAAGCCUACCAUCAGUAACACACUACGCCGCCAGAGACUCAAAUCCUGCAGUGCCAGACGUGUCCCCCUGCUUAAGCCAGUACAUGUCCAGGCCCGUCUGAAGUUUGCUAGAGAGUAUUUGGAUGAUCCAGAAGAAGAUUGGGAGAAUGUCAUAUGGUCAGAUGAAACCAAAAUAUAACUUUUUGGUAAAAACUCAACCUGUCGUGUUUGGAGGAUAAAGAAUGCUGAGUUGCAUCCAAAGAACACCAUACCUACUGUAAAGCAUGUGGGUGGAAACAUCAUGCUUUGGGGCUGUUUUUCUGCAAAGGGACCAGGACGACUGAUCCGUGUAAAGGAAAGAAUGAAUGGGGCCAUGUAUCGUAAGAUUAGAGUGAAAACCUUCCAUCAGCAAGGGCAUUGAAGAUGAAACGUGGCUGGGUCUUUCAGCAUGACAAUGAUCCCAAACACACCGCCCGGGCAACGAAGGAGUGGCUUCGUAAGAAGCAUUUCAAGGUCCUGGAGUGGCCUAGCCAGUCUCCAGAUCUCAACCCCAUAGAAAAUCUUUGGAGCGAGUUGAAAGUCCGUGUUGCCCAGCAACAGCCCCAAAACAUCACUGAUCUAGAGGAGAUCUGCAUGGAGGAAUGGGCCAAAAUACCAGCAACAGUGUGUGAAAACCUGGUGAAGACUUACAGAAAACGUUUGACCUCUGUCAUUGCCAACAAAGGGUAUAUAACAAAGUAUUGAGAUAAACUUUUGUUAUUGACCAAAUACUUAUUUUCCACUAUCAUUUGCAAAUAAAUUCAUAAAAAAUCCUACAACGUGAUUUUCUGGAUUUUUUUUCUCAUUUUGUCUGUCAUAUUUGAAGUGUAACUAUGAUAAAAAUUACAGGCCUCUCAUCUUUUUAAGUGGGAGAACUUGCACAAUUAGUGGCUGACUAAAUACCUUUUUGCCCCACUGUAUAUAGUUCCAACUUCUGAGAAGGGGAACCAAUCGUGAAACAGCAAGGCACAGCUAUUUAAAUCAUUUGAAUAUGGCCCUAAACAAGCUACUUUAUGCAGUUGCAUCAAACAAUGUUAUACAUUUUUAUCAAGGAAUUGCAUUAUUUUACUACUACAGAUGUACGAUAGCUAUAGAGGUAGUACAUUAUCGUCCCUGAUAGAUAUUUGCAGGUGAAAUUGUUGCAUAUAAAAAGCACCUUUGGUAAAGGAUUCUCUUGUUGAAGCUGUCUGAGCUGUGUGUGUAUGCGUUAAAGAAGGUGAUAUCAGGGUAAAAAGCACUUAUGCAUAGACUCAUGUCUAGGUUCUGAGAUGAUGAUUAUUGUGUAUUGUACCCGUUUAAGAUAUAAAUAAAAACGUCCAAAAUC